AUGUGUUGCGUUGGUUGCAGGCCGCCGACUGACUGGACUGCGACUAUGAAGAGGACCAGGCUGCUGCUGCUGUUCACGACGCUCCUGUUUCAGGAUGCAAUAUGCGAACCACCUGUGGACUCAGCGUCUCUACCCUUAGAACACCGAGGCGGCGGUUAUGGCCCACCACUUCCCCAAUCACACACAGACGAUCCCUGGCCUCUCACCACACCAGAUAGUCCGAAAAUAAAACAUCUUCAAGUACAAUGUGAAAAAACACACAUGCGGGUCAAUAUUGAAUUUGAUAGACCAUUUUACGGUAUGAUAUUUUCGAAAGGAUUUUACAGUGACCCCCACUGUAUGCAUUUAAAACCGGGUACCGGUCACUUAAGCGCAACAUUCGAAAUAUUCCUAAAUAGUUGUGGUAUGGCAAGCUCAGGAAAUCACAACGUUGCAGCUUACGGAAGUCCUACACCAAGCGGAUCAUACGUUGAAAACACAAUCAUAGUUCAAUAUGAUCCAUACGUUCAAGAAGUGUGGGAUCAGGCACGAAAACUUAGAUGUACGUGGUACGACUAUUACGAGAAAGCGGUAACUUUCAGACCGUUCCAAGUGGACAUGCUGCACGCCGUGACGGCUAACUUUCUCGGCGAUAACUUGCAGUGCUGGAUGCAAAUACAAGUAGGAAAAGGCCCUUGGGCCUCAGAAGUGUCGGGAAUAGUUAAAAUAGGUCAAACUAUGACUAUGGUCCUUGCGAUUAAAGAUGAUGAAAAUAAAUUCGAUAUGCUUGUAAGAAACUGUGUAGCACACGACGGUAAACGAGCACCUAUUCAAUUAGUCGAUCAAUACGGGUGUGUAGUGAGGCCUAAGAUUAUGAGUAAAUUCCAAAAAAUAAAGAAUUUCGGCCCAUCAGCAUCAGUUGUAUCGUUUGCUUAUUUCCAAGCAUUCAAAUUCCCCGACUCAAUGAAUGUCCACUUCCAGUGUGUAAUUCAAGUCUGCCGGUAUAAUUGUCCAGAGCCAAAAUGUGGAGGACUAGGUGCUGAUUAUGGCGUACCAUUGUUAGGAGGUAACAGUUUGAGUGCAGGCGAAUACGGGUUACCUAAUGGAGCUCAUGGAGAAUACGGUCCCCCUCCACCAGGGCCGCACUCAGAAUAUGGAGUGCCACCUGCGUUCCCUGACCCUCGGCAUCCCGCAGAUGUUGUAGGCGCAUAUUCAGAGAAACGAGAUGAUGCAGUACCACCUCCACAAGCUCAAGUGUCAUCAACACCUAACGCACCUAGUCCAUCAUCACCAGCGCCAGUACGGGACGAAGAUGACGUCAAUCUACCACCACCACCACCACCCGGACGCAGGGGAAUUUACAAUACCGUUAAGAGGAAAGACGAGGGCCAUGGUAACUUAGCAACACUGGGCGGACGACCACGUUCCGUAGAAGAUUUACCGGAGAGAUUAGUUGGAGUAAGACGGAGACGUGAAACAUCACCAACGCGAAUUUAUAAGCGUGACGCUCAAGAGAUGACUGAUGUCAAUACCAGUAGAACGAUCCAAGUAGUAGCACCGGGCGAUGUGAACUUCGCUCUAAACAACGCCGCUUCAAACGAGACCGUAGUGAUUCAAUCACCAGCUAGCGAUCCAGAAACGAUAUGCAUGUCCGUGCCGUCGUUCGUAGCGGGUCUCGUAAUGUUGCUGCUAGUGUUGAUUGUGGCGUCCCUAGUGGCCGCGUUUCUUUUCGUGCGCGUUCGUGCGCUCGAUAGGAAGAGCGCGCACGGUGCCACGGCGUUUUACGAAACGGAUUACGUGAAACAUACGAAU